AUGGCGGACAACCUGCCUCCUGAAUAUGGUCCUCAGGACGAAGAGUUGCCUUUACUGCCACUGGAGGAGACUCCACCCCCUCCAGCGUCGGCAAUAUGCGGCACUGCAAUGCUGCUAGUGGUGUUCACUUUACUCAUAACUACUGUCGCCUUUGCUGGUCUUUAUCUCCGAGAGUCUGCUCGUCUUCCAAGGUGGCCGAAACCAUCCAUAAGUCCUCUUGGAAAGUACGCUAAAGCAGGUGUGGCAGCGGAUAAUGAGUAUUGUUCAGAGAUUGGUCGGAAUGCGCUACUUCAUGGCGGCAAUGCUGUUGACGCUGCCAUUGCUGCUCUUUUCUGCAUCGGGGUGAUGGACACACAUUCAGCAGGACUAGGCGGCGGGCAUUUCAUGACCAUUUAUAAUGCAACUACGCAAAAGUGCACUGUAAUCGAUGCUCGUGAGGUGGCACCGAAGGCUGCCACCGAAGAUAUGUACAAAGGCAAAUGGAACGAGAGCUGGCGAGCAAUAGCGGUCCCCGGCGAACUCCACGGAAUGUGGACAGAAUUUGAGAAGUUUGGAAGCGGAAAAAUAACUUGGAAGAAUUUGAUAAAACCAACAAUUGAGCUACUUGAAGAAGGAUUUCCAACUUCUCAUGCUUUGGCAAAAGCUUUGGCUACAAGAGCGGAGUACAUAGCGAGCGAGAGCACCAUGAAAGCGUUCAUAAAUCCCAAAACCGGUCAAGUAUAUCGUGCUGGUGAGCAGAUCACAACGAGAACAAAAUUAAUGAAUACACUUCGACGGUUAGCCAACACUACAGAUCCUUUACAAGAGUUUUACAAAGGUGCUAUGGCUCAAGAAAUGGCUUCGGAGUUCCAGCGUUACGGGGGUAUUUUGACAAAAGAGGAUUUUGCCUCCUAUCAAUCAUUGGUAGUUCCUUCAUCCGAUGUCAUCUACACCAAUCUCAGAAACGGCCGAGUAAUCUGCGGUCCUCCACCUCCUUCUGCUUCUGCAGUAACACAGGCCAUCUUGAGUGUUAUGGAUGGCUACAAAUACAACAUGAAGAAGGCUGAUGACAUCAGUCUUCUUUACCAUCAUUUCAUUGAAUCCUCAAAGUUCGCGUCUUUGAUAACUGAAGAAGCACAUUCGGAUGAUUACUAUGGUGGUUCUUUUCUGACACCCCCUCAAGAUCAUGGCACGACUCACAUCUCCGUGAUUGAUAGCCAGGGAAAUGCCGUGGCGGUCACUUCAACUAUAAAUCUUUAGUA